AUACAUGUAGGUUUUGAUUUGUUAGUAAGAAAAUUGCGAAUUUUUGGGAAUUCUGUCUUAAGCAUUUUGACUGUGAUUGUAAAGCUAAGAUCUGUGUACAUGCACCCUACAAGAAAGCAACAUAAUUAUAUAACUGUACUCUCAUCUCUUUGUGUCCAUAAACCAGGAAAAGGAAAGAGGUCUAAACCAAGGAUGGUGAAUAGAAAACGUACCUCUACACCAGAAAAAUCCGGCUCAUCUGAGAGGGAGGCUUCUCCUGCACAGAAAGGAGGAGCUAAAUCUCCCGGAAGAUCUCGCUCAGGGAGCAGGAAAUUGUCCGGCUCUUUCUCAGGAAAGAAAAAUGACUUGAGAGCUCGUUACUGGAGUUACUUGUUUGAUAACCUGAAAAGGGCUGUGGAUGAAAUUUAUGGCACUUGUGAGGCUGACGAGAGCAUUGUAGAAUGUCAGGAGGUAAUUAUGAUGCUGGAUCAGUGUCGUCGAGACUUCAGUGCUUUGAUCGAAAGAAUAAAUGUGCAGGAUGCAUUUGAAAAAGCUGAUUACAAGGACAGGCCAACAUCUCUGGCAUGGGAAGUGAGAAAAUCUUCCCCAGGGAAGACACUGUUUUCUAGUGCCAAUGCUUUACAGACAUCACUUGAGAGAAACUCAACCAGUCCCGUCCGCUCGUUAGACUUCAGUUCACAAUCUGUUCCGCCAUUAAGUCAGUCACUUAAUCAGUCAGGAAAUUUAGUACCAGUGCAAUCUUGGGCUGACAAAGUGCGAGGGACCACAGCUAGUACAAAUUCUAACAGUGCUCCAUCAAAAACUAUUGAUCUGAAAGGACAAGAAUGUCACAAUGCCAUUCCUGGAUUAAGACGUUUGUCAGGGAAUUUAGAAGACUGUGUUGUUCAAGAUGUUAAUGAUGAUGGUGAUGAUGAAGGGUGGGAAACUGUUCAUCGUGGAAGAAAGAUGCAUAGCAAUCAUGCAAAGAAAGCAAAUAAAACUUCUGAGAAACUUUUGAAUGGAAAAAGGGAAACCAAAUCAAAUGAUUUGAGAAUGCAGGGGGUUACAAAUGGUACAUGCAGUAAUGGUGACGUUGGAAAUCAUAUUGAUGAUAAAGAAGUUUGUACAGAACCUUACCUAAAUCCAGGUGAAGCUUCUCAAGAGUUAUUGGAAAUUGAUAAUGACAAAGAAACGCCUGCUCUUUUUCUUGAUGGCGACGAUGAACAGGAUACGUUAUCAGACAUUGAACAUGAUAAGGCACUGUCAGCGGCAAUGGAGGAAGAAGAGAGUUUGUCAAGACAGAUAGAGGAAUGGCACAACCAAACAAUCGCAUCUGUUAUUGAACACGAGGAACGUUUGACAAAAGAGAUCGCAGAAGAAGAAGAAUUAGUAACAGCAAUAAACGGUGAAAGCGAGAGUCAGACCUCUGAUAUUGAACAAGAGGAAGAUAUUGAAAAUAUAAAGGAUGCGGAGAACUCUUUGAAUUGCAGUGUUACAACAAAUGGAGACAGUAAUUCCCUUGUGAACUCAGGAACCACUCUGACUUGGGAAGAGAUGAUUGCAAAGUAUGAUGGUAAGGGGCUAUAGUAUAAAUAUCUCUUAAGAAGGGUUGACAACAUCUUAGUCAGUGUUCUGUUUUGACAUGUAUAAAAGUUAAUGAAGAAAUAUGAUGAAUUAAUUAACGGUUUCUGAAUACCUUCAGAGGUGUCUCAUGUCCAGGUGAUGUAGUGCAUCCGGUUUAAACUGUAGACACCAAACCCAUGUGUCUAAUUAAAAAGCUUAUAGAACUGGCUAUAUCAAACUAUACCAACAAUUUUGAAAUAAAAUGAAUUGUCAAAUUUUUCACGACGUCAAAGGGAGUUUAUUUGUUUGUCCUGAUAAACUUCUAAAGGUAUACACAAUACAGUGACCUUAAUUAAAGCAGGAAGUAACCAAGCGAGUUGAUUUCAAGAAAUACAAAAUUAAACUUUAAAUAUGUACAUGUGCAUGUUAAUUAUACGGCAAGGUAGUCUUGAGGUAAAUCUGAGGAUUCUGAUUGGUUCUUUCAUGGUCGGGAUUUUGCCUUGCAGACUCUUUCUAAGGCCUACAUGCUAAACUACUUACCAUCCUAGCUUGCUUGAGCCAUGCUGGGGAAUAUUGGCCCUUGGUCUUUUUUGUAUGGACCUCACUGCACUCAGUCCAUACUGCCAUGGCCUUGGGCCAAUAUUCCCCAAUACAGCCCUCUCGCUCAGUUAGUAAGAGGCUAUUAAUAAAUGAACAUAUUAUUACUGCUGGCUGCUA